AUGCCUGCCUCAGCACCUAAAGGACAACCCCAAGUAGGCAAUCACCUCGUCAUCACUUAUCCCAUGGACAAGGUGAUACAGUUGAGGCUGAACAAGCCCAAGGCGUUGAACGCGAUGGAUGAUAAUGUAAGCUAGACUUACAGCCUCUGUGCGGUGACUCUGUGACAGCAAGAGCUGACAAACGUUCAACCGUUUUCAUUGUACAGCUGGAAGACGACUUGAAGAAUGUAUCUCAUCGUAGCGCUCGCUCUCCAGGCAGGCACCCGACCGCAGUUGGGCUGACUUCGAUCCUCCCCCACUCCUCGGAUAGGUCCUCGAUUGGUUCGAGGAAGAGCCUUCGCUUUGGGUCUGUGUCGUCACGGGUACCGGAAGGGCUUUCUGUGCCGGACAAGGUAAAUGAACGUGCUUUCCGAUUUCUGCACUUGCGUACCUAAGUGGCAACUCGGAAUCCGAUACUGACCAAAAUCUUCCCACCCCUGCCCCCCUUCUCGGGCCUCGGCCACCCAACCCAAACUCCAAUCACCAGAUUUGAAAGGCUGGAACUCGACCCAAGGUUCCGACAAAGCCCCUCAUGCCAAGAUCCGCUCCAACCCAUACGGCUUCGGAUCGAUCGCCCGACGUUUGUCGAAGAAGAUCUUGAUCGCUGCGGUGAAUGGGAUCGCUUUAGGUGGAGGGGCCGAGUUAUUGGUCAAUUGUGAUAUCGUCGUCGGGGUCAAGGGUGGGAUUGUUGGGUUUCCCGAGGUUAGGAGAGGUAGGUUGGGACAUGUUCCUUGACUGCCAAGGACCUGGGAUUCCUAACACCGAGACGCAGAAACUGAUUAUUCGGUUCUUUGUCUCCCCUCAGGUGUCAUGGCCGCCGUCGGCGGCAUUCCCAACGCCUACCAAAGAUCGCCCCAGUUGGCUCCCUACCUCCUCACAGGCCUCAACAUACCCCCUCAUCUCUGCGAGCAACACAUCUUCACCCAAACCGUCGCCUCAGCAGACCAAGUCAUUCCCGCGGCCUUGGAAUGGGCUUCCAAAGUCGUCGAAUGUUCUCCUGAUGCCGUGCAGGUUACGAAGGAGCAGAUCAAUCUGACUAAGAAUGGGGUGGGCAUUUUGGAUGUUGUCAAGAGAAGCUUGGAUACCGAGCUGGCGCAGGCGACUUAUGUAGGCGAGAAUAUGAAGGAGGGGUUGAGGAGCUUUGUCGAGGUCAGUUCAAAUGGGCGAGCUGCGGAUCCGAGCCUUCGUGUCGCUGAUUCUUUAUCUUUCUGGCGGUUACCAGAAACGUGCGCCGAGAUGGACAGAUCCGCCGCUUGUUGGCAAGACCAAGUUGUAG